CGUUGCAAGAGUGUGACAGUUUCGAGUGCGCGAAUUAAAGAUCAUUCGUGCGAAUUGCGAAAAGUUUAGUAUAUUUAUCUAAAGUGCGCGUUGAGAAAAGAUUGAAGUAAAUUCGUCAAGAAGAAGUCAACACACUUCGUUUGAAAGGAAUCGAAGAAAUUCGUUCGCGAAUUUUUUUGAUCAAUAAGAAUGACAUUCUCGCGAGGAUCGGUAUUAGUCCGUUCGCAAGGUCGGCUCUGAUUGAGCUGACGCGCUAUAUGUGUCGUAUGAUGCAAAUUAUUCUUCCACGCGUCAUCAAGUUAAUCCACUGAUGCUGUCGAAGUGACGACAGAAUUUACGCACGAGAUAAUACUCUCUUCCAGUUACGAGGGGGGGUGUUGUUUUCCCGGAUUCGAAAUAACGUCAGAGCCAAUAAGUGUCAAUAAAUGUCAAGAGUAAUAAUCAGAACGACGAAUCGACGCGAUUUAAACAACAUCAUUGUCUCAAUUUAUCUCGCGCGAAUUGGACUUGGUUUCUUGAAACUAAAAAAAAACAAAAAAACAAAGAACGAACUAAAAUUAACAAAAAAUGACAAAACUUUCGAUGUCACAACUCUUCCGGCUAGAUUUUAGAACGUCCGUAGGCAGCAUGGGGCAACGCAAAUCGGGCACGUUGGGCGCCGCGGCGCCUGUAUCGACGGAGGAGGAGCAGCUGAAGUUCCAAGACAGUAGAUUUCUGACGACUUUGGUGCUCGGCAGAAGUAGGAAAAUCUCGCCGGACGUGCUGCCGUCCUGCUCGCCCGGCGUGUUUCGUCAGAAGUCGUUUUGCUCGUCCACGCCGCCGAAAGCGGCGCAUCCAGUACCUACGCUUGCCGCAGCAACAUCGCCAUCCCCGCGAAACGGACGGGGCGCACCUGCCGCGGUCGUUACGAACGAUCGGUGCGACUCGGUCACCCCUACUGCCGCCAUCGCCCCUGUCCCCGCCGCCGUUUCACCACGUGACAGCAGCAGUCUGCGGACCGCCGUCGGCGCUUCUCUGUCGUCGUUGUCACGGGGCGCUCGAGCGGCCGGUAAGCACGCGCGCCUCGGCCCGGCACUGGCCAGCAAAAUGGCGUCCACGAGCACCUCUACGGUCGUGCAGGGCUGGCCGAAUACCAAGGACGACUACGAGCUCAAGGAGGUUAUAGGUGUCGGAGCGACAGCUGUGGUGCACGCGGCAUUUUGCAUUCCGCGACAAGAAAAAUGCGCGAUCAAGAGAAUAAAUUUAGAAAAAUGGAACACAAAUAUGGACGAGCUAUUGAAAGAAAUCCAAGCGAUGUCUUCUUGCAACCACGAGAACGUUGUAACGUAUUACACGUCGUUUGUGGUGAAAGAAGAGCUCUGGCUAGUUCUGAGAUUACUGGAAGGUGGAUCUUUAUUGGAUAUUAUCAAACAUAAAACCAGGACGACCAAUUGCAAACACGGAGUAUUUGAUGAAGCUACCAUAGCGACGGUACUUCGAGAAGUUCUCAAGGGGCUCGAAUAUUUCCACAGUAAUGGACAAAUUCACAGGGACAUAAAAGCCGGUAAUAUCCUACUAGGCGAAGAUGGCACGGUUCAGAUCGCUGAUUUUGGUGUCAGCGCGUGGCUCGCAACCGGGCGCGACUUGAGCCGGCAGAAGGUCAGACACACCUUCGUCGGCACGCCCUGUUGGAUGGCGCCCGAGGUCAUGGAGCAGGACCAUGGCUAUGAUUUUAAAGCCGAUAUAUGGUCACUUGGCAUCACAGCGAUUGAGAUGGCCAGCGGCACGGCACCGUACCACAAAUAUCCUCCGAUGAAGGUCUUGAUGCUUACGCUACAAAAUGAUCCACCAACUCUGGAUACUGCCGCGGACGACAAAGAUCAGUACAAAGCGUAUGGGAAAACAUUCCGAAAAAUGAUCGUUGAUUGUUUACAAAAAGAUCCUACAAAAAGACCAACAGCCACCGAACUGUUGAAGCAUCCCUUUUUCAAAAAAGCUAAAGAUAAAAAAUACUUACAGCAAACUUUAGUGGCUAUCGGACCCAGUUUAGAAACGCGUGUCCAAAAGGCUUCGAAAAGACAACCCGGUACAUCAGGCCGUUUACAUCGAACGGUGACCGGAGAAUGGGUCUGGUCAUCGGAAGAGGAAAGCGGCGGAUCGAGCGGCGACGAAGGCGCUAAGGAAGCAUUGCCAGUCAAUACAAUCGAGAAGGCCAGCAGCGACGAAGAGGGUGGCGAGCCUGACGAGUAUUACGGACAGAUCAAAGUGUCGCCAAGUCAGUCACAACUACAAACCACCGAGCAAAAUGUUCCUAUAAACUUGGUGCUUAGAUUACGGAAUGAGAGACGAGAACUUAAUGACAUUAGGUUUGAAUUUACCGUUGGAGUGGAUUCCGCGCAAGGAAUCGCGGCGGAGUUAGUUGCUGCGGGUUUGGUGGACGGCAAGGAUGUUGUAGUGAUAGCGGCAAAUCUGAAAAAGUUAAUAGAGAGCGGGGGACAAUUGCGCACAGUAACAUUUUCCUUGAACUCGGGUUAUGCGGCAAAUGAAGUACCGGAUGACAAAGCGUUAAUAGGAUUUGCUCAGAUCUCCCUCACCGAUUAAAACAGCCUCUCGUUCACGUUUUCCGAAGGAAACAAGCUAAUGUUAUUGAUACAUUCACUUGUUAAGAUCCGAAGUAUCAAAAGCUAACGAAACUAGACUUUUCGAAAUAAAGUAUAUGCAAUUGAAAAGAAAAGUUUUUUACGUAUGAGACACGCGUGCGUGUAAAGUCGAUUUAACCGCUGAACGUUUAAGGAUCAGUGAAUCUUUAGCUUUUGAUACUUUCUUAUCGAUUCGGACACAGUUGAUUGGAAAAGGCGUAAAAUAUUCGAAACAUAUUGGUUAUAACACAUCAGUUGCAACGAACUGCUCAAAUGUGUGUUUCAUAACGUCAUUAAUAUAUGUUUCGUGUGUAAGGAAGCAAUCGACAGGAGCAGAUACAUAAAAAAAAAAAAAAAAAAGAUACUAUCGUCUACAUACUAGCUUAUGUAAGAGUAUAGACUUACUCUAAUCAAUAAUGGCUGUAGUUUUACAUAACCGAAUUGUAUCACUCAUAUCGCAUCAAUCCAUGUAAAUAUUAGUAUUUGAUCGUUUGUUAAGUUUUUCUUUUUAUUUUCUUCUUUAUGAUUGAUUAUGUACGUCGCGAGAUAAAGACAUAAUGAAAUGCAAUCAUUGUAUAAAUAAGCGACUUCAAAGGAUCGAGAGAAGAGAUGCUUGAUAAUAUUUAACUUAUUUGUCCAAAAUUUAUAUAUAUAUAUUUAUAUACAUAUAUAAAUGUAAACAAUUUCUCUUGAUUAGCGAGGUUUUAGUUGCAUAAAAAACAAAAACUCAAAAAAAAAAAAAAAAAAAAA